AAGAGUUCGGCUCUUCUCAUACAACCCAGUCAGGUGGCACUGACCCCAGCUGUUGUGAUGCAUAUUCCCGUAGAGCCGCCCACCACCAGACGGUUCACGCCGCCCUCCACGUCCUUCCCCUGCAGCAAGAUUGGAGACGCCAACGGCUCCAUGGCCACCCCGGGGCCUCUCAGAUCCAGACCGGACACCAGGAACGUGGUGGACGUCCUCGCGGACCACGCCGGCGAGCUGGUCCGGACCGACAGCCCCAACUUCCUGUGCUCUGUCCUGCCAUCUCACUGGCGCUGCAACAAGACGCUCCCCGUGGCUUUCAAGGUCGUGGCUCUCGGAGACGUUCCGGACGGGACUCUGGUCACCGUGAUGGCCGGGAACGACGAGAAUUAUUCGGCGGAGCUGAGGAACGCCUCGGCGGUGAUGAAGAACCAGGUGGCGCGCUUCAACGACCUGCGCUUCGUGGGCAGGAGCGGACGAGGAAAGAGCUUCACUCUGACCAUCACAGUGUUCACCGGACCGCCACAAGUGGCCACCUACCACCGCGCCAUCAAAGUCACCGUGGAUGGACCCCGGGAACCGCGCAGGCACAGAGUGAAGCUAGAAGACCCCCAGAAGAUGCAGUUUUCUGACAGGCUGUCGGAGAUCGAACGCUACCACCAGCGAACGAUGCGGAUAGGCCCAGUGAACAACAAUCCUCGCCCGCUUCACCAAACACACCUCGGCACCACACAAGCCCUGUGGCAGGAUCAAAUGGAAACUCCUGCUCUGAAGACCUGCAAGGUGGAGGAAGAUCUGAGACCAUGGACAGGGACUACAGAUCUCUUUCCACAGAGGACCUCCUUCCCGUCUCUGUCACCGCUGACUGACCCUCGCUUCUCGGACCCCCGUAUGCACUACCCGGGGGCCUUCCCUUACUCUGCCAACACCUCCAGCACCGGCAUCAGCGGCCUUAGCAUGUCAGCCUCUUCUAGAUACCACACCUACCUGCCCCCACCCUAUUCAAACAACCAGUCCCAAAACUUCCAGUCCAACUCCUACCUGUAUUACGGCACAGGUUCUGGAUCCUACCAGUUCUCCAUGGUGGCACCGGGGAACGCCGGAGGUGAACGCUCCCCAACCCGCUUGCUGUCCUGCUCGGGAGCAACGGGCGCUGGAGGGACCAACAGCCUGAUGAACCCCGGCCUGAGCGCCCAGAGCGAGGGCGUGGAGGCCGACGGCAGCCACAGCAACUCCCCCACAGCCAUGAGCGUCUCGGGUCGCUUGGAUGAAUCCGUCUGGAGGCCUUACUGACUAACACAGCUAGACAAUUAAAGAACAGGAGAGGAGAGAACCGUGACGAGAAUGAUGAACAAAGAAGCUGAACACUGAACAAAUAGAAAACGGGGAAAAUAAAAGCGUUGCAUGUCUGUCUUUGUUUCCCUCCAACGACCAUUUUAAAGACUUUUGCUUUUAGGAACUCUCUCAAGA